UCAAGACAAACACUGAUGUGGAUUCCAGACUCCUUUUUUUCCAGUUUGCUGAGUGGAAGAAUUUCAACGCUGAAGGAUGAAACUGGUGCUAUAUUUAUUGAUCGAGAUCCAGCAGCAUUUGCACCCAUUUUAAAUUUUCUUCGCACAAAGGAAUUAGACUUACGGGGAGUGAGUAUUAAUGUUCUCAGGCAUGAAGCUGAAUUCUAUGGAAUCACUCCUUUAGUGAGAAGAUUGCUACUAUGUGAAGAACUGGAACGCUCAUCUUGUGGCAGUGUCCUUUUUCAUGGCUACCUGCCUCCUCCAGGCAUUCCCAACCGUAAAAUAAAUAAUACUGCUGGGCCACCGGCUGAUGUUAGAACUGGUCAAAACGGCUCCGAGAGUGAGAUUCAUGGAGGUGGUGUCCAACCUACACUUGCUGGUACUGGGGAAGGUACAGUCAGACUAGGAUUUCCUGUGGACCCACGCAAAGUCCUAAUAGUAGCUGGCCACCACAACUGGAUAGUAGCUGCCUAUGCCCAUUUUGCUGUUUGCUACAGAAUUAAAGAGUCAUCUGGGUGGCAACAGGUGUUCACGAGCCCCUAUCUGGACUGGACAAUUGAGCGAGUCGCUCUCAACGCUAAGGUAGUUGGAGGACCUCAUGGAGACAAGGAUAAGAUGGUUGCAGUUGCCUCGGAAAGUAGCAUAAUCUUGUGGAGCAUUCAGGAUGGUGGUAGUGGCAGUGAAAUUGGAGUGUUCAGUCUUGGAGUCCCUGUAGAUGCUCUCUUCUUCAUUGGCAACCAGUUGGUGGCUACAAGCCAUACGGGGAAAGUGGGAGUGUGGAACGCUGUGACUCAGCAUUGGCAGGUUCAGGAUGUUGUUCCUAUCACAAGCUAUGAUACUGCUGGGUCUUUUCUGCUGCUGGGUUGUAAUAACGGCUCUAUCUACUAUAUAGACAUGCAGAAGUUCCCAUUGCGAAUGAAAGACAAUGAUCUUCUCGUGACAGAAUUGUACCACGAUCCCUCCAACGAUGCUAUAACAGCGCUCAGUGUCUACCUCACACCUAAAACAAGUGUAAGUGGCAAUUGGAUUGAGAUUGCAUAUGGCACCAGCUCUGGAGCAGUGAGGGUGAUUGUACAGCACCCUGAAACAGUUGGGUCUGGGCCUCAGCUCUUUCAGACCUUCACAGUUCAUCGAAGUCCUGUUACGAAGAUCAUGCUCUCAGAGAAACACCUUGUGUCAGUUUGUGCUGAUAAUAACCAUGUACGGACAUGGACUGUGACUCGGUUCCGGGGCAUGAUUUCAACUCAGCCAGGUUCAACACCCCUUGCAUCAUUCAAAAUCUUAUCCCUGGAGGAAGCAGAGAGUCAUGGCAGCUACUGUUCUGGAAAUGACAUUGGACCCUUUGGUGAACGUGAUGAUCAACAGGUGUUUAUCCAAAAAGUUGUUCCCAUCACUAAUAAGCUGUUUGUAAGGCUGUCUUCCACUGGGAAAAGGAUCUGUGAGAUCCAGGCAGUUGACUGCACUACCAUCUCAUCAUUUACCGUGCGAGAAUGUGAAGGAUCCAGCAGAAUGGGCUCCCGGCCACGCCGCUACCUCUUCACUGGGCAUUCAAAUGGCAGCAUCCAGAUGUGGGACCUGACCACAGCUAUGGACAUGGUUAAUAAGAGUGAAGAUAGAGAUGUUGGCGGCCCCACAGAGGAAGAGCUGCUCAAGUUGCUUGACCAGUGUGACUUGAGUACGUCUCGCUGUGCCACACCCAACAUAAGUCCUGCCACCUCAGUUGUUCAGCCAAACCGGCUUCGGGAAUCUAAUUCUAGCCUCCAGUUGCAGCACCACGAAACAAUCCAUGAAACAGCCACAUAUGGUUCUGUGCGGCCAUACAGAGAAAGCCCCCUGUUGGCAAGAGCAAGGCGGACGGAGAGCUUUCACAGUUAUCGGGACUUCCAGGCUUUUAACUUACCCAGCAAAAGCCCGACAGAAAAGGCAGCUGCUGCAAAUGGGAAUUCAAGCCAGACAGAGGCCAGGAAGGCAAUACCUGAGGGCGGCGCAGCUGAGAGGAAGGCAAUCCUGACAUCAGCACUUGAAGUGCGAGGCACAGGCGUGACAGAUGGAGGUGGGUGUUGCAGUACAGAGGUUCACCGUCUGCCCGAGAGUUCUCUGGAUCUCAAACGAAGAGGGCCAGAAGAGGAGAGUGAAGCCAAAGCAGAAAGCAAAAAGAAAAUGGGGUUUGAAGGAGCUGGCUUCCUGGGAAGGAAGAAAGUGCCUCUCCUGGCUUCUGCACCAGUCCUUGCUGAAGGUGGGCCCGAAUUACCUGGUGCAGCUUCUCCAUCGCCUACGAAGACAGCUGCUUCACCACGUCACCGGAAGAAUGACUCAUCCUGCCAAGACUAUGGCUUGUGA